AUGAUCAAAAAUCUAUUUUGUUUAACUAUUUUUCAUUUAUUAUCAUUUCAAUUGACAAUAAUCACGUGCGAAAAUAAUGAAGUCGUCCCGGAAGUUAUUCGUGGUUUUUUAAAUAAAAACGGAAAUCAACGAUCUCAAUCAGCCCCAAAAAAAAUUGAAGAUCGAUGUGGCUUUAACGGUAAAAAUUUUGACAGAAUAUGUGGGUCAUUCGAACAAGAGUUAUUUAUAUUAUCAAGUCAUCCUCAAAAUAAAAAAUAUUCAUUGAGAGAAGUACUCGAACGAAAAGAGAGUGCCACUCAAUUUCUUCAUACUAUAUAUAGAAGAAAACGAUUGAUUUAUCCACUGGUAUAA